AAAACCCCAGCUGCUUCAACAAAAAGCCACAGGAAACAACUAGAAAAUAAACUACGAAACCGGAACCACAUCUGUCACCUGUCAUCCGCACAAUUGGCGGCAAAUGACGUCUUUCCGCCACAAGAUGGCCGCCGGCGACGCGCGCAGGCUCGGCCGCGGUCCGCACACGCGCACUCACCUUCUACCCCAAUCGAUAGUGCAACUCUAGUCACACAACAGCCUGUUGGCCGCGCGAGUUUCACGACGUAUUUCUGAUCUGAGAGGAUUUUUCGGGACUGAAUAGAGUGCAAAAAACGUCAAGGUGUCUGUGUCCAGCAGUGUUCUGCCGGGGGCCAUCACGAUGAAGAUCCUGGCAGCGCCCGACGGGCCUGCGAUCUCGCCCGUUGAUCCUUCGGGCGAAUGGCACGGCGCGACAUUCUGGUUGCUAGUGCUAGGAGCGGGCGCGUUAGCGCUGGCGACGCUAGCUGGGAUCGCCUGCUGGCUCGCCAAGCGACGCAAUUCGCUGCACAAGCUAGGAGGCAAGCGCGGCCCAGAUAAGGCGCUAGUGUUCCAGCCGCCACGCCGCGCCACCGCCGUGCGGUCUCCAGGCUCAGCGACCCACUACCUGCGCAAGUCUCCGUCACCUACCGCACCGACUGCGCCAGCUAGCUCGCCGCCUAACGCGCCGAUCCCGCCGCAGAUCCCGGUCAGUACAUCACUAGCCACUACCGUGCGUUCUCUAAGAUCAGCGACCCACUACCUGCGCAAGUCUCCGUCACCUACCGCACCGACUGCGCCAGCUACCUCGCCGCCUAACGCGCCGAUCCCGCCGCAGAUCCCGUCAUCCGGCGGCAAUAGCCCGCACACGCCGACCGCGCCGGAGCCGGCCCCGCUGAGCAAGGAGCUCGCCGACGCCAAUGCCACCGAGAAGCCGAACAAGCCCGCCGACUCCGACAACAGCGAGGGACGGCUCGGCGACUUGCAUUUCAAAUUGCGAUAUGAGAAUGAGAAGAACGCAUUGGUGGUGUCGGUGGUGUCCUGCCAGGGCUUGCCGGGGCGCGAGCCCGCAGGCCCCGACCCCUAUGUUAAACUGCAGCUACUGCCGGACAAACAACAUAAGGUCAAGACCAGGGUGGUCCGCAAGACCCGCUGCCCCGUAUACGAUGAAGAUUUCACCUUCUACGGCCUGGCUCCGCACCAGCUCCCUGCCAUCACUCUGCACUUUGUCGUGCUUAGCUUUGACAGAUACUCCCGGGACGAGAUAAUCGGCGAGGUGGUGGCGCCGCUGUCGACGCUCCAGCUGCAGAGCGGCGAGGCCAUGGCGCUGUGUCGCGAGAUCCAACCACGUAGUCUCAAGAUGCGCAGCGUGGGUCGCGGCGAGGUGCUGGUGUCGCUGUGCUGGCAGCCCGCGGCCGCGCGCCUCACCGUGGUGCUGCUGAAGGCGCGCAACCUGCCCAAGAUGGACGUCACCGGCCUGGCCGACCCAUACGUGAAAAUGUACCUGCUGUACAACGGUCAGCGCAUCGCCAAGAAGAAGACGCACGUGAAGAAACGCACGUUGAACCCGGUGUUCAACGAGUCCUUCGUGUUUGAAGUCCCCGCCGCACCCAACGCCACUCUCGACCAUGUGGCGCUAGAGCUGCUGGUCCUGGAUUGGGACCGCGUCACCAAAAACGAGGUGAUCGGUCGGCUGGAGCUGGGAGCCAACGGCGCCGGCUCGGCGCGGCACCACUGGCGCGAGGUGCAGGCGGCGCCGCGGCGCCAGAUCGCCGACUGGCACAAGCUCAAGGAGUGAGACGGCGUCAUAUUAUCC